UGAAUAAUGAAUAUUAUGACGACUGGAAUUUAUUGAUAUAAAUUUUUCUGAGAAAAAUAUUAUGCCUUUUAUUUCUUUCCCUCUUGGUCGUCAUCAGUUAUCAGAGAUAUCCCCCUACUUAUGACAGCUAUCAUUUAAUAUGAUAGUGUCUCAUCAUCAAUGAUCAACAAGUAACAUUAUUACGCAUUUAUAAACUGAGUACUUUAUUAUAAAAAAAUAUAUUAGUUAUAAUAAAAAAUGCAGAAUUACGUAUCAAUAAUAAAAAAUAAUGGAGGAAUAAAACCGGUGAGUGAUGAAUUGUUAUUACCUCUAAUUGUACCGCAGAAGAGACUUCUGCUGGGUCCAGGUCCCAGCAAUUUAUCAGAAAGAGUAAUAAGAGCGAUAAGCAAUCCGCUAGUGGGACAUAUGCACGCAGAAACGUUUAAAAUGAUGGAUGACAUUAAAGCUGGCCUACAGUACGUAUUUCAAACGAACAAUAGACUCACUCUGGCCAUAAGUGCCUCAGGUCACUCAGGCAUGGAAGCUUGUUUAGCAAAUUUGCUUGAACCCACAGACACUAUUUUGAUCAUUAAAGCCGGACUCUGGGGUGAAAGAGCUCAAGAAAUGUCUGAACGUCUUGGCGCACAUGUCGAGACUUUGACAAUUCCGCUAGGAUCAGCGGUAACUCAUCAGCAAUUUGAAAGUGCAAUGAAAAAAUUUAAACCGGCUGUUGUUUUCUUGACUCAUUCGGAAUCUUCAACGGGUCUUAAACAACCGUUAAUUGGUUUUGGUGACAUUGUCCGCAGAUACGAGGCUUUGCUGAUUGUUGAUGCGGUUGCUUCAUUAGGAGGUGAACCAUUUUUCAUGGAUGCCUGGAAAAUAGAUGCUGCCUAUACGGGAAGUCAAAAAGUUAUUGGUGCACCACCGGGACUUACUCCAAUUUCAUUAAAUUCACGUGCUGAACGUAAAUUAUUAUUGCGGAAAAAUAAAGUCCCGGUAUUUUAUUGGGACAUGAAAGAGUUGGGAAACUAUUGGAACUGUUUUAAAGAACCUGUUAGGCGUUACCAUCACACGAUAUCCGCAACUCUGGUCUAUGGAUUGAGAGAAGGAUUGGCUCAGCUGGCGGAAGAGGGCUUGGAGUCUUCAUGGCAGAGGCACGCGGUAGCUGCUAAAAAAUUGAGAGAGGGUUUUGAAGCGCGAGGAUUGGAAUUAUUUGUAAAGGAACCGGAAAAUCGGUUGAAUACUAUUACGGCUAUUGUUGUACCACCUGGGGUCGAUUGUCAGUUUGUCACGCGCAGAAUGAUGGAAAAGUGGAAUAUCGAAAUAGCCGGAGGACUUGGACCGACUGCAGGGAAAAUAUUUAGGAUCGGUUUGAUGGGUACUAAUGCUAACUUAAAAAACGUUGAUGACGUUUUGCAUGCUCUAGAUGACGUUUUAAAAUACUCAACUCGUCACAGCCGUCUUUAAUAAAAUUAAUUAAUUAAUCUUUUAUUUUACUUAUAAUUUUUUUAUUCAAUUAAAAUACUGAAAUCGGCAUACACUCAUGUCGAAUAUUAGCCCCUUCUUCGUUGGUUCUUAUUCUAAAAAAUAUCGAAUAUACUUACAUCGAUAUAUAUUAUCUUGAUUGAUAAAAAUGUAGUAAUGCAAUAAUAAUACAAUAUACAAUUAUUAUUAUUAUAUGUAUAUUUAUAAUAAUAUUUACGUAUUUAAUUUAUCUGACAGGAUAUAAAAUACUUGAAUGUCUUAAAAUAUCUAUGGCAAAUAAAAAUAUUCAUUAUAUAUUUUAUCUUUUUUUAGAUAUUUAAAGAUUUUUUAUCAAGCUUCAAGGCACAAUUUAAUUAUUUUGUUUAAAAAUAAUUUUUUAUAUGAAUAAUUAUUUUGGCACAGUAUAUAUAUAAGUGUGUGAUACUUAUUUUAAAUAUUAUUAAAUAGUUUAAAUAUCUGCAGCGCAUAAAAUUUUAACGUUUAUAUUGGCACGCUGGUUCAAAAGCUAAAAAUUUUUUUGUUGAUUUAAAAUUUUAAAUUACCGACAAAUUUAGGAGAAGAUUGAAAGAGAAAGCUAAGAGCCGUUUAAACCGCGUGGGAUUUUAAAAUCCAGAGAAGGUUCAUUCUGUUUAUAUGAAGAUUUAAAAAUAAUAUCAACAAUGAAUGAAAAUCUUCAGGUAAAAAAUAUGUACUGUGACAAAUUUUAUUGGUAUUAAAUUUACCACUUUAUUUUUAAAUAGAAAUUGAUGCUCAUUAUUACCGUGAAAUAAAAAUGACAAGUUGGCGGACAUCAGACGAUUUCUAAAAUUUUUUCAACAAAAAUAUUAAAAUAUGGACUUGGAAAAUUCUAAAAUCAGUAUAUGCAUUUUUUAAAUUUUAUCAAUUUGACUGUUUAAUUUUUUUACACGUAAUUUAAAAAUUGUCUCAUGUCCGCUAAAUUUACACUCACGAAAUAAAAUUGUAUAAACAAUCGGGUUGGUAACAAACAUAAUAAUGUUGUAUUUAGAGAAUAUUAAUAAUAAAUUAAUGGGUAUUAUUAAAACAUUGGGCGACGUUUGAAUUUUAUCCAGCAAAAUUGAACGUCGGUACUGGUGUAUAAUAACCAGCGUGCCAAUAUAAACUCCCAAAAAUAUCUCGUACUGAGCAUCAACAAAAUUUUCGUUACCAUUCAAUUCAAGGUUUUUCUUUACACGCGCAGUAAAUUAAUAAUAUUAUUACUACUAUAAACUAAAGUUAAUAUUUAAUAUUUUUGAUAUUUACAUACAAAAAAAAAAAAAAGAAAAGAAAA